AUGUUUGUUAUUUAUGGCAACUGGACUUACGGGAUAUUUGAGAAGCUGGGGAUCCCAGGUCCCAAGCCGGUGAUGUACUUUGGAACAGUUGGCAAGCACAACCCAGUUUACUACCUAGCCGACACAGAGUGUGCUCAAAAGUAUGGGAGAGUAUGGGGCAUGUAUGAGUUUAAGAAGCCCAUGCUGGCUGUGAUGGACCCUGACAUGCUGAAAACCAUCCUGGUGAAGGAGUGCUUCACCUACUUUACCAACCGACGGAACACACGUCUGAAUGGGGAACUCUAUGACGCAGUGUCUGCUGUGGAGGACGAUCAGUGGAGACGGAUUCGUAACAUCCUCUCACCUUCCUUCACUUCUGGUCGUAUAAAAGAGAUGUUUAGCAUCAUGAAACAUCAUUCCAGCAAAAUGACUUCCUGUCUGCACUCCAAAGCGCAAAAUGGUGAAGUUAUUAACCUAAAAGACUUCUUUGGUCCCUACAGCGUAGAUGUGAUGGCAAGCUGUGCAUUCAGUGUGGAUAUGGACUCAAUCAACAACUGCUCGGGUCCCCUCAUAACCUAUGCCUCAAAGAUGUUCAGAUUUCCCCUCAGUGUUUUCCUCCUUCAAGGGUGUUUUCCUGUUCUUCUUCCUCUCUUGGAACUGUUGGGUGUCUCCUUCUUCCAUAAGGAUUCUGUUGCUUACUUUAAAAGAAUUGUGGACAAGAUCAGAGCAGAACGCAAAGGGAGCCCAGAGCAGAAAUUGGAAGAUGUACUUCAAAUUAUGACUGACUCUCAGACUACCGGUAAAUCCAAGAAUAAAGAGCAGAGUAAAGGUCUCACUGAUCAUGAGAUUGUUUCUCAAGCGACAAUGUUUGUGUUUGCUGGUUAUGAGACGAGCGCCAAGACUCUUGAUUUCUUGGCUUACAAUUUGGCAAGAAAUCCAGAAGUCAUGAAAUGCCUGCAAGAGGAGAUAGACUCCACUUUCCCUAAUAAGGGUCCAGUCCUAUACGAAGGUCUGAUGCAGAUGGAGUAUCUCGACAGUGUUGUCAGUGAAAGUCUAAGGCUCUACCCUCCAGCUCCACGUUUGGAACGAAUAGCCAAACAAACUGUCAAGAUCAAAGGAAUCACAAUCCCAAAAGACAUGCUUGUUAUGACUCCAGUCUACGCUCUGCAUCGCGACCCUGAGCUAUGGCCACAGCCGGAAGAAUUCAAACCUGACAGAUUUAGCAAGGAGAACAGACAGAGCAUCAACCCAUACACUUACCUACCAUUUGGACUGGGGCCAAGGAACUGUUUGGGGAUGCGAUUUGCUCUGGUGUUGGUUAAGCUGGCCCUGGUGGAAGUUUUGCAGAACUACAGUUUCUCAGUCUGUGAGGAGACAGAGAUCCCUCUGAAGAUGGACCCUACAGGCCUUGUUGGACCCCUAAACCCAAUCAAACUAAAGCUGGUGGCGCGCUGAUCUUCCUAGGGAGAAGUGAGAGAGAUGCGUCCUGCAAGGCUGAGCUGUCCUGUCCUUAUACAUUACUACUACAGGAAUUUGAAAUUUCUUCCAUUAUAUCUAAACUGAUAGAAUGAUUGCAUCAUUUACAUGCAGACAUAAUGAAUAAAAUGAGUUGAAGAAAA